AAAAUUUUUAGUAUAUUCAUCAAUAAGAAUGAGUUAUUUACAAAAGAAUUUCUUAAUUACGUUUACACUUGAAACAUGAAACUACUAAGUAUAUUACUAACAAUUUUACUAUGUUUAUCAGCAAUUAUUGGUGAUUAUGUUGUGUUUAGAUCAAAAUACUCUGAAUCACAAGUAUUUCGUGCAUUUUCGGACAGCAGUGUUCACGCAAUUAUCGGUUUAAUAUCGGGAAUGUUAUUUUUUACUUACGACAUUGGUCUGACUACACAAGCAAGAAUUUAUAAUGUAAUUUUCUGUACAAUACUCUCAUCUUUAAUAGACAUUGAUCAUUUUAUUGCUGCAAGAUCUUUUAAAUUAAAGGAUGCUACAAAUUUAAAACAACGGGGUAUCUUCCAUUGUACAACAUUCUGGUUAUUAAUAACCAUUUUACUAAUAAUUUAUACUUAUAUUACUAAGAAAUUAAACAUAUAUAUCAUAACAUAUAUGACAAUAAUAGCGUAUACCAGUCAUCAUAUAAGAGAUGGGAAUCGUCGAGGACUCUGGUUAUACCCAAUUGGUGAAACAUCCCCUAUAAAUAAACAUGUCUAUGUACUCCUUAUAUGUAUAUUACCAAGAUUAUAUGCAUAUUUAUAUGUUUAUUUUAAGAGACAGCAACUUCUCUUAUCUAUUGCCAAAAAGACAUAUUAA